GUUACAAAGGAGGAGGUGGAGGGAGUGUCAACACAAACAUUUCCCUGGGAAGAAAACUGCAGACAAAACCUAAGGAUGGGAAACAAGAACAGCAGUGCAACCGUGCACGGUCAGAAAAAAACAAACCAAUAUUGAACAGAACGGAAACUCUUGUAUCUUCUCAUCGUUGUGAUGGCGAGAGCAGAGGUUCAGGACAACAUCUCACAGGAGUGUAAGCAGUUCUUGUACAUGGGGACCAUGCCACGAGGGCUCGAGGAGCAGCCUUUAAAAAAGAUUUGUCAGUACUAUUCAGGCAAGCCACGUUUCUUCACCCUCUAUGACACCUUCAGUCACACUCCUGUUUACUCUGCGUACACGUUUAAGCGCUCGGAUGGCUCCAAAAAAGUUGAUGUGCCCUGGAUGUAUGAGCCACAGCUAUCUUUGGUGUCUGGAUCCAGAGAGAUGAUGCAGUUCCCUUCUGUAAAUAUUCACAAGAGUUUUGAGGAUUCUCAGGCUGUGCUUGACGACUACUCUGACACUGUGAUCUUCGAACGAGGCCAGCUGAAUCCAGACGAGCACCAGGCCGACCCAGAUGACAAAGCGGCCACCUACACUCUGACCAACGUGGUUCCCAGGGUCCGAGAGUUCAACAUUGGUCCUUGGAAGGUCCAUGAACACACCAUACGCAAGAGGCUGAACAACUAUUGCCGUGGAACCGCGUAUGUGGUCACGGGGGUCACCACUUCAGGCCAGAGCAUUCGCCGUCAUAACAUCAACCGCCUGGGCAUCCCUACCUACCUCUGGUCGGCCUACUGCUGUGUCGAUUUUGAUCACAAUGCUCCGUACUCAGAGCGCUUGAAAUUCCCUGCUUUCGCUGCUCAUGGGCUUAAUGAUAGGGAAAAUAACAGGGUUCAAGAGAUGAGAGUCCAGCAGCUGGAGGACUUCCUGAAGAGGGUGACAUAUGUCAGCAGCUCCUUCCAGAUCUUCUACGACAAUUGUGUGUCUCCUAAUACUGUAAACAGCCCCCUGCAUUCGGCCUGAGAAAAGAAAAGUAGAUGAGUUCUUAGUUUCAUUGUGGUUAAACAAUGUAGACGAUCUUAACUUUCCUCUGUUAGCACCUUCACUUUCUUAUGUUUCUAAAGUAACUUUUCCUAUAACACUGUGUACCUAGCAAUCUCAGUUAAGAGUAUCAGAUAAAGAACAUGCAGAAAGUUCUCCAUCACAGCUUGGUAUAUUUUACAUUUACUGAUAGCAUUUCUUUGUGUUGCAUUACCAGGUUUUGGUUAUACACAAAUGCCUAUAAACUCACAACCUGCUUGGUUUUACUCUCUACUCACGUUAUCUGUUCUAAUACUGUCUGGCAGUAACUGAGCGAUACCAGCAUGUGAAGGCUUUUUGUUCAGCCGAAAAAGAUUAGACCAGUGUUUUACAUUUUCUAUCCCAGAAACUGCAAUACUGCUGCUCAUUUCAGACAAACACAGUAACUUAUGGCAUAAAAACAUGUUCACUUUGACAGGUCAGGAAUUUUACAUGGUUCUAAGAGAUUGUUCUGAGUUUGAGGGAGACUGUUUUGUUCAUAUUUGGAUCUAGACCUCUGCUGUUAUAUUGUAGUUUAAAUAAACUGUAAUUUAAAAUGAAA